ACAGUGGACCUUUAACUAACGAAAACGAAUUGAUUUUACGUCAUUUUUUCGAGCGCUUGUCACGGCGCAACAUUUAAACAAGAACCACUGAAAAAUUGAAAUAGUACCAGAAAUAUUUAACAAAAUGUACCAAUACAGUUCAUCCUAAACAGAAAAAUAAUAUUAUACAAAUACCAACCGAGUUUAUAACAUCAAACAUAGCAAUAAAAAGCACCUAACCUAGUCACAAUGUCCAAGCCAAUAGACCUAUCCGGAUCCCGAUAUGACCAGGACACAUACAUCGGCCGAGCGAAACAUUUUUUCAUGCUCACGAACCCACUUAACGUUUUUGCCACGUCAGCACAGUUAGAUGAAGCUAAAAAAAUCGUUUCAGAUUUCAAAAAAUCAAGGAGGAUGCCGCCAGGAAUGACCGAAGACAAGCUAUGGUCGAUGAAGUACUUGGUAGACAGCGCAUACCAUCCCGACACGGGCGAGAAAAUGUUUGUGCUAGGCCGGAUGGCCGCCCAAGCGCCAAUGAAUACACUUAUCACUGGCUGUAUGAUUACAUUUUACAAGACGAACGCGGCGACCAUGUUCUGGCAGUGGGUCAAUCAGACGUUCAACGCUCUCGUCAACUACACCAACCGCUCAGGCACCGCUCCCAUCUCCAAAUCACAACUCUUGGCAUCAUAUUGCGCGGCUUGCGGUGGUGCCAUGGGUACUGCGUACUUUCUCAAUGCCAAAGCUAAGCAAAUGAAGAACCCCGUGUUCGCGGCGCUGGUGCCGUUCGCCGCGGUGUGCGGCGCCAAUUUCAUCAACAUCCCCAUGAUGAGGAGUAGUGAGUUGAUAGACGGCACAGCAGUUUUCACCGCGGAGGGGCAGCCGGUGGGCAACUCCACCCGCGCGGCGCAGUAUGGGAUCGGUCUCGUGUGCAUAUCCCGAGUCAUCAUGGCUCUUCCUGGCAUGACCGUAACGCCGCUCCUGACGAACUACGCGCGCUCCAGGGGGCUGUUCUGCCGCUACCCGCGCGGCGUGCUGCCCUUCCAGAUGGGGCUGGUGGGGCUGUGCGUGGUGUUCGCCACCCCGCUCUGCUGCGCGCUCUUCAAGCAGCGGGCGUCCAUCUCCGUCGACAGUCUGGAGCCGGAGCUGCAGAAAAUCGCGAAGGCAAAAUUUCCAAGAGCAAAAGAAGUGUUUUUCAACAAGGGACUCUAGUCUCUAACGCUUAUACCUAAGGAUACCUACGCUGAAGUAAAUUAUUCCAGUAGUUUAAUAUUUUCCAAAGACGACAUUCCUAACGUGACGUAAUAUUUUUUUAAGUUUAUAAUUUUUUAAUUUAUAACUAUAUUGUUUGUUGCAGCCGUUUUUUUACGGUGUAUAAUUUGUUAUUGCUAUUUUUACAGUUGUUUUUAUAAUGAUAGGCAAUUUUUAUCUCGAGCAUAUAAAAUAAUUAUGGCAAUAAUAUUGUUUAUAAAUUGUAAGUGAUAAUCGA